AUGAACGACUACGAAGCCCGACGCCAGGAGAAAAUCAAAAAGAACCAAGCCCUCCUCGCAGGCCUAGACAUCAAACCUAUCGUCCCCAAAGCAGAACGCGGCAAACCACCACCCAAGAAAAGGAAACUCACAGAAGCAACCGCGCCUUCACGCACAUCCGCUCGAAUCGCCUCAGCGCCCGUGAAGCAAUCGUACAACGAAGAUGAGCUGAGCAAACCGAUCGCACUUCCUCGAUCGGCGCCCAAGAAGCAGAAGACCCAGCCUAGUUCUAAUGUAGAGGUCGAGGAGAGCCUUGUUCCCGCGAAGAAUGUGGAUGAGAUCCAAGCCGGCUGGACGGAUUGGAAGUCUUCGGCUGCGCCUCCGACGCGAGAUGGCUCUUCACAGGUCUUCAAAUUCGACGACUAUCCCGAUUUCAGACCCAAUAAGUCGCCGGAGGAAAUGCUCCGGGAGGGAUGUUUCGGAGGGUCGUAUUUCCGGCCUUUGAAAUCUAGAAAGCUAGGGAUUGUGGUGCAAGACGAUUGGCGAGAGUUGCCUUCCGAAUGGAUCGAGGGACUGAACGUGGAGAGAUUCCUCACGAAUCCAGACUACGACCCCGAUGUGAACAAGUCCAAAGUCUCCUGCGGACAGAGUAUCGAGGAGUGGGAAGCCGCAGGGUGGAUCAGCCAUGAGCAUGAUGUGAGGGGGUGGUUUCAGUGGUAUGCGCGGUUCUUUCAAGGACGUCGAUGUGAAGAUGAUGAUCGGCAGGUCAGUCGGUGGAAGAAGUGUGUUGGGGAGACGGGGCGGUGGAGGAGGAUGUUGUUGAAGAAGUACAUGCAGCUUGGUGUGAGGGAGGUGUUUGAUGAUGGCGCGGAUGAGGAUGCGCCUGAGGUUAGCCCGGUUAUGCACCAGACUUGUCAUCAUUGGGCUUUUGAGGUGAGGCAGGAUGAUUUGGAUGCUUAUUGGGCGUCGGUUGGGAGGUAG